GACCUUGGCUGCGUCCAUGCUCAGCUAGCGCUGAACCCACCCAACCUUUCUAAUUGACUACACUUUGCGAAACGCGCGAAGACGAAGCUGGAUGGAGUACUCAUAACCAUGACGUUCACUACACAACGAGAAAUAUACCAACCCAAAGUAAUUACGCUGAGCACUUCUUGUCGUGCUUACCUGUACUGUUGCUCGUGCGAGAAAGUUCUCCAUUAUACCUGGUUGCAGAUGAGUACCGAUUCUGUCAUCGUAUGCUCAUCAACAUGUGCCAGUCCUAAAUAAUUCGCUCGGGGGUCCGCUCACCCCACCGAUUGGACGAAAACCUCAACUUCCUCCAGUAGACCUCACUUCGCGGUUGGACUCUGCUCACUGGAUAUGUUAUUCCAGCUCGGCGCACAUGACACAAACCGUGUAUAUCGUGACCCAACACCGUCAAGAACUUCCCAUCGGACAAUACAGGGUUGGCCUACAGUAGGUCUUUAAGAUUCAUAUUGUACCUGAAAUCGAAUCUCCCGCGGCGGUGGGUUCGCGAUCAUGGGAGCUCACUGUGAUAGGUUGCUAAUUUAAUCUGCACGUCAAGCUCACACAGAACGCUCUCUAUUACAUCAUGUCUACCUGUCUCCAUACUCAAGGGCGUGUAUUGUCGCCCUAAGAAUGUCUGCCGAUUCCAGUUAUGCGAGGUAGUCUUCCACCCGCCCUGACUCGGGAUUUGUUGCGAGGCUCAAGAACGCUGCGAAAUCCUUCGAAGUGUCAAUCGGUCUAGUCUGUUGACAUCCUUGCGAUCUUCCCCCGGUACCAUCUUCAGCUUAGGUAGCUGCGCAGUUGAACGGUCCCUUCGGUCGACGACACUGAGGCUGUUUCUCAUGCGCUAACGGCAGGUUAUAAACGUCAAUGCCAACAAAGUCACAUCCCUCAUUCAGUUCACAACUUGAAUUCUUCAUUCCUUCCGCUUCAUAUUCACAAGCAUACUCAAUAUGAUAGCAUCGACGCAAUACCUAUAUACCUUAGCUAUUGUUCUUCCCUUGUUCAUCUUGUACAACAAGUGGAGGGCCACCAGGAGUCUGUCUUCCGUUCCGACCAUCGGUCCAUCUGCACCUAUUCUCUCCUACAUUGGUGCAUUCCGCUUUGUGCAUCACGCUGUGGAGAUGUUGAAUGAAGGCUACCAAAAGUACAAGGGUGGCAUGUUCAAGAUCGCUCAGCUAGACAGAUGGCUCGUCAUUGUGACUAGUCCUGAGUUGAUUGAGGAAUUACGCAAGCUACCUGAGGAUGCAGUAAACUUUAUGCAAGCCGCUGCCGACACAAUAGAGACUAGGUAUACAUUCGGUCCUGUGGUACACUACGACCCGUUCUUCGUCGGUAUUACCCAGGCACACCUCACCAAGCAUUUGGACGACAUCUUCCCUGAAAUACAGGAGGAAGUAAUGGUCGCCUUCAACGAUUUGAUUUCGAACGUCACGGAAGAAUGGACACAGGUGCCUGCUUUAUCUGUAGCGCAACAAGUCGUCUCUCGAGCUAGCAGUCGCACUUUCGUGGGUCUGCCGAUGUGCCGACAUCCUGGAUACAUUGGGCUGUCUGUAAAGCAUGCUCUUGACGUAACUAAUACCCGCAAGACUCUUGGUUGGUUUCCGGGGAUGACCAGAUACUUCGUCACUCUCUUCACCAAUGAGUCGCAGAAGACUGUCCGACUAGCCAAACAGUAUCUUUCCCCGACCAUUAAUGAACGCCUUGCCGCCAUGAAAGAAUUAGGAGCGAAUUGGGAUGAUAAACCAGCCGAUAUGCUUCAGUGGAUUAUCGAAGAAGCUCUGGCUAGGAAUUACGAUCUGGACGUCAUCGUCCAGACGGUCCUCAUGAUCAACUUCGUUUCUAUUCACAAUACGUCUAACAGUUUCACCCAUGCAUUGUACCAUCUCGCUGCACAGCCAGAAUUCCUAGUGCCUCUCCGUGAAGAACUCACCUCCGUCAUCUCCGAGGAAGGGUUGACCAAGGCAGCUAUGAGCAAAAUGCGCAAAUUGGACAGCUUCCUCCGUGAAUCUCAGAGGAUGAAUGGCACCGGGAUUGUUCACCUGUUUCGAAAGACGUUCAAAGACGUAACCCUGUCCAACGGAGUGACUGUCCCUGCGGAUUCAUACCUCGGUACACCUCUCCUUUCGAUUCAGCACGAUGAAGAAUUAUACCCCAAUCCGGAGGUUUUCGAUCCCUGGCGGUUUUCAAACAUGCGUGAGGGCGCAAGUGCGGAAGGUGUAAAGUAUCAAUAUGUCACUACUUCACCGGAGUACCUUGCCUUUGGACAUGGAAGGCACGCCUGGGCUAUUUCUUCUCAUUAGCCCCGGACGAUUCUUCGCGGCGAAUGAGAUUAAGACGAUGCUCUGUCAUGUCAUCUUAAAUUAUGACGUCAAGUUCGAGAACGAAGGCGUACGUCCGCAGAACUACUACGUCUUCAUGCAGUCUUAUCCUUCUGCCGAUGCGAAGGUUUUGUUCAGGAAGCGUCACGUAUGAACGAUUGUGCUGUCAAUUAUCUGUGCUCGUCACAUGCUAGCGAGCGACGCCAUUCCAUGUAUACUGAAUCAUCAGUUGUAGCAAUAGUAGUGCGACGAAAAUGUUCACGACAUGUCCCAGGAGUAUUGUUGGUCAAAUCGGUGAAGACGGAAGUCCAGCACGCGAAUGCAUGAAGAGAAGGGAAGACAUUAAAGACCAGUCACGAAG